AUUAUUUGAAAAAUGUCAAUUAAUUAUGUCAACAAGUCGAGCGUGCAGGUUAAGAUAUUUAAACGUUUUCCAAUUUAUUAUUGUUUGUAUGUACCUUUGAAUUGAGACUUUCUUUGGAGAUGGAGAAUUAUAGCAAAGGAAAAAAUGUAGAAGAGGAAAUAGAACGAAGCAAAAUACCCAUCAAAGAUCUGCCUGAGAACUUUCUGUGGAUGCAAGUGAAAGGUGGAAGUAAGAUGACCAAUUUGUUAUCUCAUGCUUCUGGCAUCUUAGAAGACAAGGCAGCCACUGCUGUAGUCUGGAGUGGGUCCGGCGCUGCCAUUUCCAAAGCUAUAUCAUGUGCAGAAAUCCUAAAGAAACAGUUUUCGAUUGAACAUCAAGUAACGAAGCUAGCAUACAAAAUGGUAGAAGAAUUUUGGGAGCCUAAAGUGGAUGGUCUGGAAACUUUAGUAGUAAAGCGCCAAAUACCUAUCAUACACAUAUUGUUGUCAGUGGAUCCUCUCCCCGAUACUAACCAAAUUGGAUACCAAUCUCUAAAUGGAAAGAAGUUUUGGCAAAAGGAACAGAGUGGUGCAUCUAAGCAAAAUCAAUCAUAUAAAUCUAAGAAACCAUUUAAACAUAAGAAAACAUAAAUGCAUAGAUUUUA